UGAUGACGUUGCUGUGCUUUAGACCUCAAAGGGAAUAUUUUUCGACGUGCGAUAAAUCUUCCAAGUUUCAUUGUUAUAGCUCUAAUGCACUAAAAGUUACGUGGGGAGGGCUUCAAAAGCAACUGUCCCCUUCGGUCCCAGCAGACUUAAAAAAGUCGGGUCUCACUUAAAACUACGCAAAGAAAGGCUAAUCCGACUACGCUUUUUCUCAAACAGGUCGAACGAUCCUGUGGUACUCAAAGCCAAGGUGGAUUUUAAAGGAAUCAAGCGCAGUGUGUCUUUCGAAAAAGGCGAUUUGGUGUUGAAACUACGAUACCUUAUCAUGGUAGCUUUUAGCGAUGUAGGUUUGAAUAAAGUGCCUCUAGCGAGUGUCGAGUUACUAAAGUACCAUCAUGGUGUUCAGGAUUAUGUCAGUCUCCCUCUUGAUAAGAAGCUUGAGGAUAAUAUACAGGUUAAAAUGAGGUUUUCCUACAAACAAAACGGCCAGAGCAACAGUUCUAACGGGCCAGAACUGUACCAUCCAGUGAUUAGAAACACUCCCUAUCGACUAUGGAAUCCAGCAAGCACGUCCUUGCUUCAGCGAGACUCUAACAAUGUCAUCCGUUGUAAUGGUAGUUUCAAGGACAUGGAUUACAAUACCGUUGCCAAAACAACAAAAAAAGGCUCAACCACAACAGGAUUUGGCCUUCUCUUUAGAGAUACAGAGACGUCAAAGACUUACAUUUUGAAUGCCACGAAUGGAGGCAAGAGCCUAUUAGCCGUGGAACACAAGGGAACAAUAGAGAAGUCAAUGAAAUUCAAGCCGUCCUAUUACUGGAGCUUUACUGUUUUUAAAAACAGUCAGUACAAAACUUUGUACCUGGGCUGCGGUAGCGACGGAGAACUCUUAUUGCCAAUGAACAGCAAAAAAUAUCCGGAUCCCAGAACUUUAUUCAUUACCAACAAAUAUGUCCCAGUCGGCCCGUCGAUUUAGCUAUGUCAGAGUUCAGAGACAGCAAAGAGAUGUUCAAUGAUUUGCCCAAAGACACCAAAUUAAUACAUAAGGGAUUGCUUUUAUUUUCGAUUGAACUCCUGUUGUAACGGUCUUGUUUUCGUGCAUGACAAACUGAUGGAAAAAAUCUUGUGUCUGUAAUAACAAAUUAAAUGUAGCGGUAGUAAUUUAAGUUACCCAUUUUUAACACACAACUAAGUAAGUUCAGACGGGCAAGCUAAAAUCAACCAAUCCGAUUGCUCAAUUGCUUGUCUAACAUUUUUAAUUAUUGAACCGUUUCUCGUAAUGCUAAAUGAAAACAUUGGCAGCCAUAUCAACAGAGUUAUCCACAGAUUGUUGCGAUUACUCUUCUGUUACAAUGGCUUUGCAAUCACACCAAUAUCAUUAACUACAUUUCUGAUUAGGCUUUGAGUGACGUCAGACCGACAGCCCAAUUUUAACAAAUGGUAAACGCCAUAGCGUGUACUAUUGAGUUAUGGAUGCACGUGGGAGGUUGCUAAGCA